AUGAAAUUGCUUUACUCCAAAUUGAACUCUCUCCUCCCAACCCAUCACUCAAAUGAGCUGCCAUUGUCGGUGUCCGAUCAGAUAGAAGAAGCUAUUAAGUACAUCAAAUCACUCGAGUUGAAGCUGAAGAAGGACGAGGAGAAGAAGGAGAGGUUUACGAGACGAUCUUCGUCGUCGUCGUCAUACAUGGCUCCGACAAGAACCCGGAAUAGAAAUGGACCGGAAUUGAGAAUCAAAGAGAUGGGUUCGGUUGUCGAGGUUGUUUUGAGUACUGGGUUGGAGGAUCGGUUUAUAUUUUAUGAGAUAAUUCAUAUAUUUUACGAGGAGCGAGCUGAGAUCGUUAAUGUCAGUUAUUCUGUUGUCGGGAACAGUGUCUUGUAUUCGCUUCAUGCUGAGAUUGAAGAUGUGGUGUAUGAAUUUGGAGCAACGAAACCAACGGAGAGGAUUAAACGAUUGGUUUAUGGAUGGGAGAAUGAUGCAGAGAUGAAGGCGGCUGGUUCUUCCAGCAGUCAUGGCGGAAUCCGGCGGCCGGGGAACGGUCCUUCGACGUGUUCUGAUAAUCAGUUUUAG